UGCUGGUGGAGGCGAAGGAGGUGUGGCGGCAGGGCGGCAGAAAAUGGCAAAUGGCAAGCUCAUUAAAGUCGGAAUAAUCUCAUCGAAGAAAAUGGAACAAGAAGCGAAGUUGAGUUGAAUGGGGGUGGGAGAGUGGAGGCGAAGGUGGUUCUAAGCUUCCAGGAUCCGCCUUCCUCCGUCGGGUGCGCUGACGCUUUGCUGUGCAAAUCCGAUGGGAGUCGCGUAAAGUGCAAAGUGCGCUGCUGUGGUGAAAUGGCAUUUGUUGCUGGGCAGAAUUUUGGUGGUCGUUUUAUUAAUUGCUGCUAGGUGCUGGCCCUGGCUUGUUGUAGCGAGCAACCCCCACCCACUCAGAGCCCAGAGACACUUCACACAAUGCCACAGUGACUUGGUACGGUGAAGAAAGGGGGAAGCUGGCGUUGAACAAGUCAUUUCCCCCUUCAAAGAACCUCCCACCCAAUGGAUAGCUCCUGGCUGAGGUUUUCCUUAUGCCAGGGCAAAAGCAGGGCCACCCCCAAAAACCUACGCAUCUGACCUGCUAAUCAAUGAUAUUAGUGGACCCCGAGUUUGGAUGACAUGGUCGCUACAAGAUGCACGACCCAAAAGAGUGCAGAGCGCCAAGCAACUUGGUUCUGAUGCCUGAUGGUAGGCAUGGGAUAUCGAAUGUCAUUCACAAAGGCGACAGUUGAAAGCUUAUCGAAAGAAGACACGUGUAUAGGCGGUGGUAGAUGGUUCCAGGAAGGAGCUAUUGGGCUUGCCAUUGCGUAGGGUGAUCAUUGAUCGGGAUGGCUCCUCUGAUGGUGUUAUCGAGCGAUGCUGGCAGUCCACUGCAAUUACGCCCAUCACGUGGGGGCUAGGCUUAAACCAGCACCGCCCCACCCGGCCUGUCCUCCAACUUUCGAACUUCUCUCCCUCAUCACUCCCGCGUAAACCCGUUCGCUUGGAGCCUCAACGCCUCGCAACAACUCACCGCGAAUCCGCGAACCCAUUGACGAAAUCCACCCCCAUCGAGAGAAAACCCGUGUCGAGCAUCAGUAAAUCGACAUCGAGAUAUGAGUCGCGCCAACAAACUUGGCCCGGAGGUUAAUCGAGCUUUGUUCGUCAAGAAUCUAAGCUACAACGUCACUCCUGAGGAGCUGUUCGAUCUCUUCGGCAAGUACGGGCCCAUUCGCCAGGUCCGCCAGGGCAUUGCGAGCAACACCAAGGGCACCGCCUUCGUUGUCUACGAAGAUGUUAUGGAUGCGAAGCAGGCCUGCGACAAACUGAACGGCUACAACUUUCAGAACCGUUAUCUCGUUGUAUUAUACCACCAGCCCGACAAGAUGGUCAGGUCAAAAGAGGAUUUGGACAUCCGCAAGGAGAAUCUCGAACGCCUCAAGCGGCAACAUGGUAUAGAUUGACAGUUAGACGGGCCUGCGGACAGCUUUCAGAGUCGAAACCGACAGUCUGGAGGCCCGUCUUCUCCGACAUCUCCCUCCUCCCCCAAGAAGGCGGCUUCGGCGCCCAGGACGCCAACUUCAAAGACGCCGAGGUCAAUCCUCAAGAGGGGCAGGCCCGAUAUCGCCAUGCACGCACGAAAGAUGCCGCACUUCGUGCGCAAGCUUCUUCCCACCGUUCCGGAGUGCGCCUAGCUUCGAUAUCAUUAUCCACCACAUCAUCACUUGUACGGCAUAAGUGUACCAAAGGCUGCGUUCAACACUGCAACGUAGCUAGCAAGCAAACCCAUCCUUGCUUUACCUGCCCUCUCAACUCUCUAAAAAAAACAGCAAACUUGCAACAUUUACAUCGGGGAUUUCUUUAGGCGCGUUCCUUUUCCAGUCGGGUUGUGUGGCUGGGGGAAUAUGGGGAAUGUUUUUGCCGAUUCGGGGUGUUUGGUCUUCAUAGGUUCUUUCGGCGCGAGCAAAGGUUAUCAGGCGCAGAUUUCAAUGCCCUUCUUUUCAUCUCAAGGGUUGCUGUUGUUGCUGAUAUCCAUACUGAAUCGGGGCGCAAAUUGAUCACCGGGACUCUGACAUAGCGUUGGGCUACAGAGAGAAUUGCGAUGCUUUUCCAACAGUCGUUUCCGACCUUUUGUUUUGUCUGUCAUUUAACUGCUCAUGUUUGAUUU